CCAUAUUACUCCUACUAUAAAGAUAGUUAAGUCCAAAGAAUUGCAUUUGCAUAUAGGUCAUAAUCAAGAAUAAUGGGAGAUAACAACUUGAAUUUGCCUCCAGGGUUUCGAUUCUACCCAACGGAUGAAGAAUUGGUGGUCCAUUUCCUCCACCGGAAGGCGACACUGCUACCUUACCAUCCAGAUGUCAUCCCAGAUCUUGAUAUUUACCCUUACGAUCCUUGGGACUUGGAUGGUAAAGCAUUGUCGGAAGGGAAGAAGUGGUAUUUUUACAGCAGAAGAACUGCAAAGAGGAUAACGGAGAGUGGAUAUUGGCAACCAAUAGGAGUUGAAGAGCCAAUUUAUUCAAAUGGUGCAAAAAAAGUUGGUGUCAAAAAAUGCUCUGCUUUUUACAUGGGUGAGCCUUCGCAAGGCGUCAAGACUAAUUGGAUCAUGCAUGAAUACAAGGUUUCAAGUUCAAGUUCUAGUUCUAGUUCCUCGAGAAAAAAAAAUUCUUCCAAGAUUGAUCAUAGUAAAUGGGUUGUUUGUCGUGUGUACGAGGAGGAGGAGGAGGAUGGUGGUGGGGCAGAGCUUUCAUGCUUGGAUGAAGUUUUCCUUUCACUAGAUGAUCUUGAUGAAAUUAGCUUUCCUAAUUCUUGACAACUUUUUUUUGUAUUUCCCAUCUUUAUAUAUCUGUAUCUUAAGCAAUCGUCGCAUAUUUCGUAUGAGAUACUAAAUACUAGAAACACAAAAAUGAAAAUAUCAUAGAUAGUAGUAGAGCUUUUUGUUGAAAAUCAGAAUAUGUAUUGAUGUUUAUUAGGAAUGCGGAAGUUGUAUGUGAUCAAUAUAGUACUUAUUAGAAGUUGGGAAAUCUGUGUUUUUGCAUAAACGUAGUGCCCAGAGAUGACUUUAAAUGUUGAUGUGGCAGUCUUGAUAUUACGACA